UGCUAUAAAAUCCGCCACAUGUAGUCUUGUCUCUCCUAACAAAGUUCAGCCCGAACUUGGCAUCGAUGGCUGUUUCCUUCUCUCUCUCUUCUCGUUCCCUGCUGUUGUUAGGGUUGUUCUUUCUGUUUUUGUUAAUUUCACCCGCGGUGUCACAGACGUGCAAGUCACAAAAGCUCACAAACAAUCAUGUGUACAGUAAUUGCUUGGACCUCCCAACACUCACUUCCUACCUUCACUUCUCCUACGAUUCCGCUAACAGGUCUCUGUCAAUAGCAUUCGUUUCGACUCCGCCUAAUUCCAACGGAUGGGUCGCCUGGGCUAUAAAUCCCACGGGCACUAACAUGGAGGGUGCUCAGGCACUGGUCGCGUACAAAGAUUCUACCGGCGUCGUUACCGUUAAGACGUAUAAUAUAAGUAGCUACAGCUCCGUGGUCCCGGAGAAGCUGUCGUUUGAAGUGUGGGACACGAUCGCCGACGAGUCGGGAGGGUUCAUGAGAAUUUAUGGGAAAAUUAAGGUGCCGGAGGAGCUGGCCACGGCGGGAAACGUUAACCAGAUUUGGCAGGUUGGCCCUGGUGUUGGGAAUGAUGGCGGACUGCAAAGGCACAACUUUGGGACUCAAAACCUGAACGCCAAGGGUACUCUUGAUUUGAGUGGAACUCAGAGUACUGUUGUUAGUACUGGAACUGAUUCCAGAACUAAGAGGAAAAAUAUUCAUGGGAUAUUGAACGCUGUGAGUUGGGGAAUUUUGUUUCCGCUUGGUGCGAUCAUUGCAAGAUAUGUGAGGACUUUUGAGUCUGCAGAUCCAGCAUGGUUCUAUCUUCACGCAUCGUGCCAAUUCUCUGCCUACGUUAUUGGGGUUGCUGGCUGGGGAACUGGUAUGAAGCUUGGAAGUGAAUCAAAAGGGAUUACAUACUCCACCCACCGCGCCAUCGGAAUUACCCUUUUCUGCCUUGCAACUGUUCAGAUUUUUGCAUUGUUCUUAAGACCAAACAAGGACCACAAGUACCGAUUUUACUGGAAUAUUUAUCACCACGGCGUUGGAUAUGCCAUACUGGUCCUCGGCAUCCUCAAUGUUUUCAAGGGUCUUGACAUCUUGAGUCCGGCGGAAAAAUGGAAAACAGCUUACAUCAUUGUGAUUGCCGUCUUGGGCGGCAUCGCUGUACUGUUGGAAGCAGUUACUUGGAUUGUCGUUAUCAGGAGAAAAUCUAACGAGCCAACGAAGCCAUUCGAUGGAUACAACAAUGGGCAAGGCAGGCAACAGCCUCUUGCUUAAUGAACAGACAAUGUGUGCGGUGGCGGGGCUUCAUGGAAGAUUUUGAUUUUUUAUACUUCUGUAUGUUAUGAGGUUUAUCUAUUUCAGAUCUUGCUCGCAUACUCUGUACAAUAAUUUGAUUUCUCCGGUAUUAAUGCUUAGGAUGUAAGUAACCAUUGGGCAGUUGAUGUGAUGUAGUUUGUUUGUGUCACUGUAGUUAGAAGGAUUCGAUUUUCCAGUAUGCUGGUGCAUGUUUAAAGAUUUAUUUAUUAAAUAUUUUUGGUUC